GUACUGUAUGGAUCGAUAUUGUACGGAGUAAACAAACCCCAAAUCACUGCCUCUCUCCAGAUAAGGUAGGUUUCAUCAGGCCUACCAACCUUGAACACCUACAAAUACCUAGGGUAUCUUAGGCAAGGUCAGCAUAAUUGCAUCUCCAAAAGACUGCCUCGUAUACACGAGCAUACAGCAAAAGAAGCCGUUGGUCCUUCUCUUACUCCCGAGUAUUCCUUCUUCUGAAUUCUGGGACGCGGGCGAUCCUUCACCAAAAGAGAGGUCAUCUCGUUUUCACCAGUUCGCAAGGAGAUUCGAAGUUAGGGAGAAAGACUACCACAUUACAUCCAACAAAGCAAUGACGACGCGGAACGUGAGUGGUUCACAGGUGCGACAGAGCAUGGCCACUAGUGGAAGUGCUGUCAAGACACGACAACUCGCACAGCUAAAUUCUCAACUCGCACAGUUGUCAUCAAAUCUGUCCGACACCGAGAACUUGCUACGGAUGACAAGUGUCCAAGCAGAAGCUAUGCGUGGGCUUGGUAGUUGGCAUGGCGGUUUGUAAGUGUUUUCGAUCCGGUGGAUGGUGGUGGUGUAUGUAUGAAGCAGAGUCGCUGACUUGAUGGACAGGUUCAUGGCAGCAAGCAAGGUCUUGGGAGAGGAAAGUGUCAAAGAAACUGGACAGCCAGGAAAGUAGCAAUUGAAUAGCCAAUAUAGGAGAGACAGAAAAGUGAUUUUCUGACAAGGGAUGGCGAAAAUUAAGCAUGAGUUAUGUUCCAUUAGGCGUAUCGCAAAUCGCUCUGAAACCGCUUUUGUCAAAAAAAAAAAAAAAAAAAAAAAAAAAAAAA